CAUUGAAUGUCCUUCCUCCUUUACAUCUGGUGUCAGAGAUGGAGAAGUUGCACAAUCAGCACAAUUACAUUUGCAAUUUUCUGGAUUGCAAAGCUGCAUUCAGUGAAUCGUGGAGGUUAGAAGCUCAUUUGUGCAAACACACAGGAGUGAGACCGUUCUCCUGUAGGAACUGUGACAAGAGCUUCUGCACUCUCUACCAGCUCACCAGCCAUGAGCUGAGCCACAGCGGUGAGAAGCCUAACAAAUGUCUGACUGAAGGGUGCUCCGAGGCCUUCGUCACCUCCAGCCACCUGGCACGAGUCCACCAGCACCAGGAAAAGCGAUAUCAGUGCGAUCGUGAGGGGUGCGAGAAGGAUUUCAACAAGAGAAACAAAUUAAAGGCUCACAAGUUUGAACAUGGAGAUCCUCUGCCUUUUCUUUGUACUUUUAAUGGCUGUACAAAAGAAUUUCCCACCCGAGGAAAACUAAAACAUCACGAGAGAGUGCAUGAAGGUUACCCCUGUGACUCUGAGCUGUGUCCUUUCUGUGCAAAAACGUGGUCAGAAUAUCUGAAGCACAGAGAAGAACAUAAAGCCAAGACGGGUGUGAGCUCUCGGGAUAAAAAGUACUACUCGUGCACCAGAGAAGGUUGUGAUAAGAAGUUCAGUCGCCUCUUCAGACUGAAGGACCAUGAAGUGGGAGAUCAUGAGGGGCAGAAACCUUUCAGCUGCGCCUGUCCUGGCUGUGGGAAGAGCUUUGCUGUGAAGGAAACCCUGUGGCGACACAGCAAGGUGCAUAACCCAGCAAAGAAAAAGAAACAUCCUAAAAAGAAUCAAACGGUCACACAGUCUGCUGCAGCUAAUAAAGAAGAAACCAACGGUCUCACUCUAAAGCUGCAGAAUACAACUUUAAAGGAUAAGUCUUGA